AUGGUCUUGCGUCUGGCAAGACCUGGCGUGAGAGGCGCUGUGCAAGCAAGCAGCCGACGCUCUCUGACGCGCCACUUCUCAGUGCAGGUUGCCCUUCGACAGGAAAUCCGCGAUGCCUAUAUCAUCAGUGCUUCCAGAACACCAACGGCCAAGUUCAACGGGUCUUUCCUCACAGUAUCCGCGCCGAAGCUCGGUGCAGCUGCUAUAAAAUCAGCUCUUGAGAAGUCAAAGGUUCCGGUAGAGAAGAUCACGGAUGUUUACAUGGGAAAUGUCCUCCAAGGGUCGGUCGGCCAAGCACCUGCUAGACAGGCUGCCAUAUUCGCUGGUCUUCCCACCACAACCGAGGCUGUUACGAUCAAUAAGGUCUGUGCGUCGGGCAUGAAAGCGGUUGCUUUCGCAGCACAGAACAUCCAGCUCGGCCUCUCUGAAGCACAAAUAGCUGGAGGAAUGGAGAACAUGUCGCAAGUUCCCUACUAUGUGCCCCGUGCAAGCAGUCUGCCGCCAUUUGGACAUAUCAAGAUGGAGGAUGGUCUGAUCAAGGAUGGGUUGACUAAUGUCUACGACCAAUUCCACAUGGGAAUAUGCGCCGAGACCACGGCCAAGAAGUAUGAGAUAUCUCGCGAGAUGCAGGACGAAUAUGCGAUCCGGUCGUACGAGCGGGCGCAAGCUGCAUGGAAGGCAAAUGCGUUUGCGGACGAGAUCGCGCCCGUCACUGUCAAGGGCAGAAAAGGAGACACCAUCAUCGACACGGACGAGGGUUACCUGGAUAUCAAAUUGGACCGGGUUUCCACCUUGAAGCCGGCGUUCAUCCGGGAUGGAACUGGUACGGUCACUGCGGCCAAUUCUUCCACUCUCAACGACGGUGCUAGCGCAUUGGUCCUGGGUAGCAAGGCCAUCGCCCAGGAAUUCGGGGCUAGUUCGAGAGUGCUGGCCAGAAUUUGCGGCUCUGCAGAUGCUGCCAUCGACCCCGUUGACUUCCCCGUGGCUCCGGCCAAAGCGGUGCCACUCGCCUUAGAGCGUGCUGGCAUCACCAAGGACCAGGUAGCCGUCUGGGAGUUCAACGAGGCCUUUGCUGCUGUCAUCAAGGCCAAUGAGAAGAUCUUGGGCUUGGAGAAUGCAAAGGUCAACCCAUUGGGUGGAGCAAUCUCCUUGGGUCAUGCUCUGGGAAGUUCGGGAUCCCGGAUACUAACCACCUUGCUACACCAACUCAAGCCUGGAGAGUAUGGUGUUGCGGCGAUCUGCAACGGCGGCGGUGCUGCGAGUGCAAUGGUUGUGCAGCGUCUUGACAAAGUGUAG